ACCAGAUUUGUGUCACUAGCACUAGUCCGCGAGCAUUAACCCUGUGAAACAGUCCAGACCUGGGCUCCUGCCUGGCAGCGUCACGGAAAAGGGAAUAAAGACGCACCAGCCCGCAAGAAAUCAUCUGCGCAUGCGCGGGAAGAAACCCAAGAAUUGGGUGGCCUUGGUGCAUUAGGUGGAACUUCCUGCGCUAUGGGAAAGAAAACCAAGAGGACAGCAGAUAGUUCGUCCUCUGAAGAUGAGGAGGAGUAUGUUGUGGAGAAGGUGCUAGACAGGCGUGUUGUGAAGGGUCAAGUGGAGUAUCUUCUCAAGUGGAAAGGAUUCUCUGAGGAACACAACACUUGGGAACCCGAGAAGAAUCUGGACUGCCCCGAGCUGAUUUCUGAGUUUAUGAAAAAAUAUAAAAAAAUGAAGGAGGGUGAGAACAACAAAUCAAGAGAGAAAUCUGAAAGCACAAAGAGGAAAUCCAGCCUCUCCAACAGCGCCGAGGACAUCAAAACCAAAAAGAAGAGGGAGAGCAACGAUAUUGCCAGGGGCUUUGAAAGAGGAUUAGAGCCAGAAAAGAUCAUCGGUGCCACAGACUCCUGUGGAGAUUUAAUGUUCUUAAUGAAAUGGCUGAAAAGUCACGUGCUGUAUGAAGAAAUGUGUAAGGCAGCAACUUGGUCAUCUUGUCAGGCUUUUGCCAGAUGCUGCAAACGAGGAGUGAAGGCAACAUCUGCAGAGGCCUCUGGUCCUGGGAUAUUGUCUUUACAAAUGGAAAGCAAAAAUUUUGCCUCUAAAACAUUUACUCUGAGCUCAGCCAGGGGAUUUUCUUGCUGCCAUUCCAGCAUUGGGGGUUUGAGCCAGGAUAAUAUCUGAUGAGUUCUCUUGGAC